AUGGAACCGACUACAAAAAAGAGGAAGUUGGCUCCAAAGGUCCACGCUUCGCCGGCCGCCAAUCCUCCGCCUGCUGUGCCUGGUACUGCCUCUGGUUCUACUACAGCUACAACUACGGCCACGGCCACGGCCGCAGCUACGACUGCUGCUGUUGCUGCCGCUGUUGCUGCCACUGCCCAGUACACCCACGAACCAUCGCUGUCACAGAGUCAGCAUUAUACAGCCCACGAUGUGCCGCUUUCCGAACGACAGGACUUUGAGUCCUUUGCCCGACACCUCCAAGAUGCUGCCAUGUUGAUUCAGCGCCAAACCGAAAAACCGCCUUAUGGAGAUGUUUCUGUUUUGCUCUUGAGCUGGGAGGAGGAUCAUUCUGUGGAUGACGACGUCGUCGCCUUCGAGCAAGUAUUGCAGAACACAUACAACUACGCCACUCAACGAUGGCAAAUCCCCACUGUACCAAACCCGAGUAUCAAACUUGGUGUGCAAAUGGCAUCAUUUCUUGAGAAUGCUCGGCCGAACCACCUAUUGAUAAUAUACUAUGCGGGACAUGGCUAUGUUGGUGUCGAUGGUCAUUUGUACUGGGCUUGCAAUGGCCGUGAAGAUGCUGCUAAGCUCAAGUGGGACGGAGUCAGAUGUUUGUUCGAAGAUGCACAGUCCGAUAUUCUUCUGCUACUGGACUCCUGUGCGACAGCUGAUCCUCCAACCGCAGGCAGUCAUGGCAUAAAACAGGGCAUCGCCGCUUUCACUCCUGAACACGGCUCAAGGGAACAGGGAAGCCACUCCUUUACAGCUAAUCUAAUUGAAGCUCUGCAAAAACUGCACAAUGGACGACCCUUUAGCGUCAAUCGGCUCUACGAGGAACUUGUGGCACAGAGGCAGCUCCAAAAUGCACAAGCUAGCAGACCUCUGAACCACACGCCGGGCGCGCCUGUGCAAGGCCAAUUACCGCUGUUAUUCACCCUGACACCUGGUCAAAGUCAGCAUCUCAUUGUGGCGCCUUUGCCGUCGCGGCACACUGGGCCAACUCAAAACGGCGGUGAAGCAUCUGACGGCCAGGCCUAUCGAGCACGCGAGGAUCACCUCAUUGAUCCGGAGUCUGUGGCAGACAUCCGAUUUGACGAAGCUCGCAUAUUGGUUUGCACGACAUUUGUUGGCGAUGCGAGUACCGAUAUGUCAUAUUUCAAUCAGUGGCUCCAAAAUACGCCACCACUUGGGUCCAAGAUUUCGGUAGAGGGAAUGUUUUUAGGCCCGCCAACGAUGCUACUCAUUUCCAUGCCCCGUUCAAUAUGGGAUGUUGUGCAGCACGACAAAGUGUGUUGCCUCCUUGGAAACGUGAGCUCCCACAAUAUGCUCCAUCUGUAUGAAAGACUGGUCGGGCCCGGCGGCGUUCGUCCAUCUGCAAAGGAGGUUGAGGACGGCAGAAUAUUGUUGGAGGCGAGAGAACUGGCGGCUGGUACACCUGCGAGGGUAGCACACCGGGUCGCUGAACGCCACGACCACCUUUACCGCUCCUCUGCCCCUCGGGAUCACCCUGAAUUGGUGCCGCAGAGCAGCUCCUCGCAGGCACCAUUUAGCCUCGGGACUCAAAAGCCCAAGGACGAUGUGGAAGACUCGGCGGAAAUGCAGGAAGCAGCAGAGCAACUCAAGGCACUGAGUCAUGUGCGCCAACGAAGCAACGAGGCGCUCCCAGUGGCGGAAAGAAUCCGAACCAACUUGCCUGGUGGGUUGUCCAACGAGACGCCUCGAUUGCCUCAAGGCACAAGCGACGUCGCAGUUGAUGAUUCAGCAAUGUUGAUGGAUAUUAAGAUGACACCUAAUUCAAAAUCAAAGGGUCCUCGGCGAUCCGUCUUUAAGCAAGAGUAUCGAUGCAAUCACUGUAGUCAUGCCCCAUUUAAAGACUCGUCGUCUCUUCGCAAGCAUGUUGCCGCUGCGCACACGAGACCAUUCCCUUGCGCAUUUUCCUUUGCCGGCUGUACCAGUACCUUUGGGUCCAAGAACGAGUGGAAGCGGCAUAUUGCCUCCCAGCAUCUCUGCUUACAGUAUUAUCGCUGUUCUGCUUGCCCGCAGACGGCAGCAGAAGGCAAGGGCAAUGAAUUCAACAGAAAGGACCUCUUUACGCAGCAUUUGCGGCGAAUGCAUGCCCCGUUCCAGAUCAAACGAGCGAUAUCGCAAGGAGACGGGCAGUUACAGUCAGAUUGGGAUGCACAGGUCAAGGAGAUGCAACAAUCGUGCUUAGUCACACGACGCCAACCACCGCAACGAGCAGCAUGUCCAAAACCAGACUGCCGAAAGGAGUUUGACGGAGCGAAUGCAUGGGAUGAAUGGACAGAGCACGUAGGACGCCACAUGGAAAAGGGAGAAGGGCCGGUUCUUGGAGCGGAUGGGCUACUGGCGCAGUGGGCUUUGGACGAAGGAAUUAUCGAACCCAAGGGCGAUGGGGAGUACCGAUUAUGCACCACUAACGGACUGCUCGGGUCAUCGCAAGGCAGUUCGGGGCCAGUGGUAGAUCGAAAGGACUCAAUGAUGACGUCGUUUACCACCGAUUCAUCGCAGCUGGUGGACACAUUGAUGGCGGAUUCGAAGCCGGGCGAUGGCGAGGUCGAUACCAGCCAGGCUACCGUUGUGUAG